AACGUACAGUGUUCACCUCACCUGAGGAAUCUCAUCGUCCGGUGACAGAAGCUUUCAAAGCCACGUUAAAAUAUAAAUAACUGUCUUUUUAACCAUUCAGUAUGGCCGAAUAUGAGAGAGAGGCCGAAAGUUACACAAUAUCAGAAACGAAAGUGAAACCACCUCCUCUGAAUGAGAUUACUUUCUGUUCUGACAGAGGAACCAAAACGCCAAACUCCGCUGCAAGAAAAUGGCUCAGGCUGAUAUUGACGAGGGGUUAUAUUCUCGACAGCUGUACGUGAUUGAUCACGAUGCAAUGCGUCGCAUGGGAAAGGCUGAUGUCCUCAUUGCUGGAAUGCGAGGUCUUGGCGUGGAAAUUGCCAAAAAUGUGAUCCUGGCUGGAGUUCGAUCGGUCACCAUUCAGGAUGAGGGUGUGGUGGAGUGGAGAGAUCUGUCCUCUCAGUUUUACCUGAAGGAAGCUGAUCUGGGUCAAAACAGGGCUGUGUGCUCUGAAAAGCAGCUCUCUAGUCUGAACGUCUACGUUCGAGUGUCUGCCUCAACUAAUAAACUCAAUGAGGACUUCCUCAGCAAAUUCCAGGUGGUGGUGCUCACAAAUUCACCUUUAGAAGAGCAGCUACGUGUGGGAGCGUUUUGUCACUCGAACAAUAUAAAGUUUAUCGUGGCUGACACCAAAGGGCUUUGUGGGCAGCUGUUCUGUGACUUUGGCGAAUCAUUUGAGGUCAGAGACACAAAUGGAGAGACUCCAGUAUCAUCCAUGAUUGCUCAAAUCAGCAAGGACAAUCCAGGCAUAGUGACAUGCACAGAUGAGGAAAGCCAUGAGUUUAUCGAUGACAUGUUUGUAAAUUUCUCUGAGAUUCAAGGCAUGACUGAACUCAAUAGUCAUGGCCCCAUUCAGAUCAAAGUGAGAGACAAGUACUCCUUCAGUAUUUGUGAUACUUCAGGCUUUUCUGAGUAUGUGAAGGGUGGAGUGGCAACUGAAGUAAAACAGCCUGAAAUCCUCAGCUUUAAACCUCUGAAUGUGGCACUGGAUGAAGCGAUCAGAAAUCCUGAGCUUGUGGAGAUGACUGACUAUGGCAAGACAAAAAGACACCAGUCUCUGCACCUGGCCUUCCAGGCCCUGCAUAGAUUCACUGAGAAAUACGGUCGGACACCCCUUCCUAGAUCCCAGGCUGAUGCUGAAGUGCUGGUUAAUAUCACAAAAGAGCUUUGCACAGAUGCAAAGUUUGAUGAGCUCGAUGAAGACGCUGUAAGGCAAUUUUCUCUGGUUGCCAGUGGUGACCUGGCACCUAUCAAUGCCUUCAUUGGCGGUCUGGCUGCUCAGGAGGUGGUGAAGGCGUGCAGUGGUAAAUUCACUCCUCUCAGACAGUGGCUGUACUUCGAUGCCCUGGAAUGCCUACCUCAGGAUUAUGAUGGAGUCCUUUCUGAAGAUGCCUGUGCUCCUAGGGACAGCCGAUAUGAUGGACAGAUUGCUGUGUUUGGAGCUGCAUUUCAAGACAAACUGAAGAAACAGAACUAUUUUCUGGUCGGAGCUGGAGCAAUCGGUUGUGAGCUGCUGAAGAACUUUGCUCUGAUUGGUCUGGGUGCGGGAGAGGGCGGAAACAUUACGGUGACUGACAUGGACUCUAUUGAGCGAUCAAAUCUGAAUCGACAGUUUCUGUUCCACUCUAAGGACAUUGGGAGGCUAAAAUCUGAGGUGGCGGCAGAGUCUGUUAAAGAAAUGAACCCUUACAUGAACAUCACGGCUCACCAGAACCGCGUGUGUCCUGAGACAGAGGAGGUCUACACACAUUCAUUUUACAGUAACCUUGAUGGUGUGGCAGCAGCGCUGGAUAAUGUGGAUGCACGAGUCUAUCUCGACCAAUGCUGUGUGCGAAACAAAAAGCCUAUGCUGGAGGGAGGAACUCUGGGUAGUAAAGGUCACACUUUAGUGGUAGUACCUCGCCUGACUGAAUCAUACGGACCCUCCACAUCUGGAGGACAGAAAGCCAUUCCCAUCUGUACACUUAAGAACUUCCCUCACCGUAUAGAGCACACACUACAGUGGGCCAGAGACCAGUUUGAGGGACUUUUCAAACAAGUGGCAGAGAAUGUGAACAACUUUCUCAGUGACCCAACGUUUGUCGAUCGCACAGUCGCCCGUGGGGAUGUGGAGGCUGUGGAAAUACUGGAGGGCGUCUAUAGGAGUCUGAGCGAGGAAUGGCCUCAGAACUGGGUUGACUGUGUCAGCUGGGCCCGCAGACAGUGGGAAACGCUCUAUAACAAUCACAUUCGACAACUACUGCACUGCUUUCCCCCUGACCAGGUAACAAGCUCUGGACUUCCAUUCUGGAUGGGCGCAAAGAGAUGUCCACAUCCUUUGACCUUUGACACCAGCAAUACCACCCAUAUGGACUUCAUUGUGGCAGCGGCCAAUUUAUACGGCCAGAUCUAUGAGAUUACAGGUUCAAGAAAUCGUGCUGAUAUUCAGAGCAUUCUGCAAGGAGUAAAAGUGCCCGAGUUCACCCCUAAAUCUAGCGUAAAGAUAGCAGUGACCGAUCAGGAGCUGAAAGAGGAAAAUGAGGAGAGAAAAGAAGAAGACAAAGUCAAGCUGGAGAUGUUAAAGGAGAAGCUGGCCAAACUUCAGCUGAAGGACCAAAGCUUCCGGAUGCAUCCACAGGAGUUUGAGAAGGAUGAUGACAGCAAUUUCCACAUGGACUACAUAGUUGCAGCAUCCAACCUGAGGGCGGAGAACUACGAUAUACCGACAGCCGACCGCCACAAAAGCAAGUUAAUUGCUGGCCGCAUUAUUCCAGCAAUCGCCACCACAACUGCUGCGAUCGCUGGGCUGAUGUGUUUGGAGCUCUAUAAGCUUGUCCAGGGUCACCAGAAAAUCUCAUCCUACCGAAACGGAUAUAUAAACCUGGCCACCCAAUACUUUGUCCUCUCACAGCCUUGUGUGGCCCCGACAUUUACAGUCGCGGAGCGGCGGUACUCUCUCUGGGACGACUUCCUGGUGCAGGGCCGGCGUGAGGGUCAAAAGGAAAUGACCUUGGAGGAACUGCUGAAACACAUUAAGGAUAACCAUAAUUUGACCAUCACUGGCUUGUAUUAUGGUACUGCUGUACUGUACAGUGAUCUUUCAGAUCAUACUGAUCGUCUGAAGCUAAGCAUUACAGAUUUGGUACGCACUGCAGCCAAACGUGAGGUUCCAGAUCACCAGCAGAUGUUGGAGAUCAUUCCCUCGUUUGAAGAGGAUGAGGACUGCCAGACCGUCCCGCCCAUCAGAUACCUGCUGGAAACCAGAGCCUUAACCAAAGAUGUCAAUUAUUAACCACUCUCUUUUCACUUUGAUUCUAAGUUUAUAUGCUGAACAGUUGUAAAAUCAUGUGAAUUUGUACACUGCAAAAUUACUGGUAAAAAUAAUAAACGUGAUCAAUUUAAUAAGGUUUAUUAUUAAAACGGUAACACUUUACAAUAAGGUUUCAUUAGGUAACAUUAACAUAUAGCAUUUAUUAUUUUUAGUUCAUAUUAAUUUCAGCAUUUACUAAUGCAUUAUUAAAAUCACAAGUUGUGAACUAACAUGAACUAACAAUGAUUAUUAACUAUUUUUUAUUAACUAAUGUUAACAAAGAUGAAUAAAUACUAUAAUAAAUGUAUUGUUCAUGUUAGUUAACAUAUUAACUUAUGUUAACAAUUGACACCUUACUGUAAAGUGUUACCCUUAAAACAAAUACAAAUAUUGCCUAUAAAGCAAAACAAAAAAAACAUUCUGGUAACACUUUACAAAAAGAUCUCUUUUGUUAACGUUAAAAUAUUAACUACACUGGAAAUAAAAUCAAGUUAGAAACUGUUAGUAAGAGAAACAGCAAAUAACACUUUGGAUUAAACAAAAUUUGAAAACAGAAAAACUGAAAUAGUCUUGUGAAACACUUCAAUAACUUUAAAAUGUACAUAAUUUAUAAAAAAUAUAUAUGAUUUAUUUGAAAAUAAAAAUGUUUGUUUUUUAUAUUUAUUAAUCUUUGUUCAUAUUAGUUAAUAAAAACAGUUGUUUAUUGUUUAUGUUAGUCACAAUGCAUGAACUAAUGUUAACAAAUACAACUUUUAAUUUAAAAAAUGUAGUAGCAAUUGUCGAAAUACACUGCUGUUCAAAAGUUUGGGAUUAGUAAAAUUUUUUAUGUUUUUAAAGUUCCAUUUAUUUGAUCAAAAAUGCAGAACAGAAAGUUAUUUUAUGAGAUAUUAUUGCAAUUUAAAAUAAGAGUUUUAAUUUUAAUAUACUGUAAAAUAUAAAAUGUUUUUGUGAUGCAAAGCUGAAUUUUCAUCAGCCAUUACUCUAGUCUUCAGUGUCACACGAUCUUUCAGAAAUCAUACUAAUACGCUGAUUUAUUAUCAAAUGUCCUGCUUAUUUUUUUGGAAGCAGUGACUGAAAAACCUUUUUCAGGUUUCUUUGAUGAAUAAAAAGAACAGCAUUUAUUCAAAAUAGAAAUCUUUUAUAACAAUAGAAGUCUUUACUAUAACUUUUUAUCAGUUUAACACAUCCUUGCUGAAUAAAAAUAUUAAUUUCUUUCAAAGAAAGAAAGAAAAAAUGUCCUGACCCCAAACGUUAUACAAAAAAUUCUAUUUAAAAAAUGCUGUUCUUUUUAACGUUUUAUUGUUCAAAGAAUCCUAAAAAAAAACAGAAAAGACUUUAAAAAACAUAAAAAAAAAAAAAAAAAAAAAAAAAAACACGUACUGAUACCAAACUUUUGAACGGCAGUGUAAUAUUAACUAAGAAUUAUAGAUGCUGUAGAGGUACCUGGUUCAUGUUAAUGUAGUAACUGUUAACAAAUGAAACAUUAUUGUAAAGGGUUACCAGCGCUGAAAAAGUCUUUUCUUGCUAACUAGAAAACAAGACAAAUACUGAUUAAGAUCAGGGAUAUUUUGCAAUGUAAAACUUGAACUGGAAAGUUUUUGUGAAGAAUCUCUCAUUAUUUUACAGUCUGUAAGUGAAAUGUCUUUCUUUUCUUUCUUUUUAAAUUUGUCUCCUGUAUCAAUAUGACCCCUGUGGUUUGUUAGUUCCCACCCUCAUCCCUUUGUUAUGCAGCCAUGACCACCCACCCCUCACCUCACUAUUAGCAUGAAUGAAAACACUUCCA